AUGGAGCGUGAGUCAAACCCGAUGCAAGCGUUGUGUCGCAGCGGCUGUGGAUUCUACGGCUCGCCAGCCACUGAUGGCCUUUGCUCUCUGUGCUUCAAAGAGAACCUUAAGAAGAAACAACAACCCCCGGUAUCUUCGGCAACUGUUUCAGCCUCACAACCAGUAUCUAGCAAUGCUGGAACGCUCCAAAGUAGUUUCAGCAGUCCUGCUGCGGGUACCACCGCCCAGCCUACCAUUCCCACAAUUCCACAGUCUACGACAGAUUUAUCAAGUUCUAAAGAGGUAAAUAGGGACGAACAAGAAGCUGAAGGUGGAGUGAGUAGUGGAGCGGCUGAAGGAUCGCAUGAAAAUAACGAGAUGAAUUAUCUGGCAGCUGAUUGCACAUUGAGGAAUGGGUGGUGA